AUGUCUGAUUCGUGCCCCCCGAAGAUCCUCGACGAGAUGCACCAAGCCAACUCUUUGCAGCAGAAUCAAACGAAACAUCAUUUGAAAAAAGUCCUGUUAUCAUCUGCUUUCAUCGUCGUUCCUAUGGUGGCUUUCACUAUUACUGUUCUUGUCGUACUCUUUUCCAAUGUUGUCGAUCUCGACUAUUGUCCACCCUCUCAGCUCUGCAACCAUACGGUCACAGCAGGCAUGAACAGUACGGAUUAUUAUGUCGACUUCCCAGUUGGUCGCCUCGCUUUUGUGGCAUCUUUGUCAUCUACGUUUAGUCUGGCAUUGGUCGCGGCUAUAAUGACAAUGUAUGGAUACGUCGUUGCUAAGCAGGUGUUAAGCUUGCCGGAAGAUCUCGGUCAGCAAACCGGAUCACCUUCAUCUCAUGAGAUGAGUACACUGAUUCGAGUCCUCAAUGGGGAAAUCAUACUAUUUGUUUCUAUACAGGCUGCCGACACGUACUUACAUAUCGUUAUCGAUGCAGUCAGUACAGAACAGCUGAAGCUGACCUCAAACAACGGACUGAAUCUCAGCAGACGCUUGGCACCAUGGUAUUUUGAAGACCCCCGUGAUGGAGUGAUGAAAAGGUCAAUUACCUUCAGCCGCGCUUUUCUCCACAAUGGAAUGAACGAAGAUGCUUAUCAAAAUGGAACUGGUAGAGUUUGGAAAGCAAACCAAACUUCACUUCUUUAUGCAUCGGAGGAGGUGGAUUCUUACGUGCUUAACUACACAGACCCUGCCGGCAUAUCGUAUGCAAUAGUGCAGCCUUCAAACAUCGAUGAAAGUCUGGACUGGAUCGGCACGGGCUACGGAGUAUCAACUCAAUGCACCGGAGUACCACAGUACAGCUGUCGCACGGAAUCGCAGUCGUCGGGUGGGAACGUUAUGCACUGCCCUGCAGAUGGAGUUUAUCCUAACGUUACCAUCCUUUCCAAACUGGACAGGGGUCUCAGGACAUGGAAUUUUGACUGGCAUAAAGCAUGGACCGAAGCAUCGCCCUAUGAUGAUCUGUCACGAGAUAUUGGGUGGAUGAUAAAACGAACGCGCGACUCGAGAUACCGUUGGGACCAGAACCUGACUCUUCAGGACGGCAAUACAAUCUUCAGUAAUCCCUGGCACUGGUUCGCCAAAGUCACUAUUCUGGGGGAGACUUUCGAAAUGCCUCAAUCAUUCAUCAAUAGUGCGUUAGUGUUGAGGUUCAAUGAGUCACUUGAGAAUGAAAACAGCCCCUUUAUUCUCAUGAAAUGCAAGACUUCCGUAUACGACACUGUCCACACUGUCGUGAAAGGUCGAUUGGUAUCACUGAACACAACACUGAGUAAUGGCUCAGUAGCGGGUAUUGUGUCACAAUUGAGCAUCGAGGCGGUAGGCACAUUAGCCGUAGGCUCCAACUCCGCACUGGCGAGUGUCAACCACAACUACACAACACCGGAAGCUUUCGUCACCACAUAUGAGCAGUCCAUGAGCAAGUCCAUGAGCGUGCCCCUCAUCACGUACACCGUGCCAGAACAAGCAAUCUACGCCCACCGCCGCGUCACCUCGGUCAUCACCCGUCUGCCUAAAGUAGCGCUCUGGCUUCUCGUCGUCGCUAACAGCAUAUUCACUGUCCUCGGCCUGGCCAUCGCCGUCAUAGCCGCGAAGGCAGCCUCGCCACGUACCCACCAGGCUCAGAUCAGACUCAGCACGUCUGGUCUUGCGGCACAGCUCUUUGCAUCGCCGCACGCCCGGCGUGAAGCAAAGAAUGAUGCCGAGUUAUUCCAACAGGGGAAGCGGAGCGUCGUGGGCAUAGACACCAAGAAGGUUCGCAUGCGAUCGACGUCUUUGCGAGGAGCGGAGUUCGUCACUGUCGACGCGGUUGUUGAUGUUGAAGAUCAGAGUGGAGAGGAGACGCUUGGUUUGCGCUCUACGCACACCAUAUAG